AUGAGUGGACAAUCAGAAAAAAGCAGUUCCAUCCAAGAUGAAAGUACAGAUGAAAAUUCUCCUGAGAAAACCUGUCAGAUUGGACAGAAGCAACUGCAACAAAUAGAGAGGCAGUUAAAAUGUUUGGCAUUUCAAAACCCUGGACCACAAGUAGCAGACUUCAACCCUGAAACAAGGCAGCAGAAAAAGAAAGCUCGUAUGUCAAAGAUGAAUGAGUAUUUUUCUGUGAAAUACAAUGUUAUGAGAAAGUAUGACAAAAGUGGCAGGCUAAUAUGCAACGAUGUGGAUCUGUGUGACUGCCUAGAGAAGAACUGCCUGGGCUGCUUCUACCCCUGCCCCAAGUGUAACUCCAACAAGCGUGGGCCCCCGCGCCGGUGCAACCGCCGGUGGGUGUAUGAUGCCAUCGUCACCGAGUCAGGGGAGGUUAUCAGCACGCUCCCGUUUGAAGUUCCCGACUAA